AUGGAGGCGGUGCGGGCGCAGCGGCUGCAGCCCGGGGUGGGCGCCGGGCCCCGCGGGGCUCGGCCCGGCCUCACCGGGGCCCCCGCGGGGCUCGGCCCGACACCGGCAGCGGGCUCGGGCUGCUUUGGCAGCUUCCAGUUCUGUCCCACCAAGGCCGAGGCGCGCCGGAGCGCGGCCAAGAUCGCGCUGAUGAACUCCGUGUUCAACGAGCACCCCUCCCGCCGCAUCACCGACGACUUCAUCGAGAAGAGUGUCUCCGAGGCCCUGGCGUCCUUCAACGGCAACCGAGAAGAGGCAGAUAAUCCCAACACUGGGAUCGGGGCCUUCCGCUUCAUGCUGGAGUCCAACAAGGGAAAAUCCAUGCUGGAAUUCCAGGAGCUGAUGACAGUUUUCCAGCUGCUGCACUGGAAUGGGAGCCUGAAGGCCAUGAGGGAACGUCAGUGCUCACGCCAGGAGGUCCUGGCUCACUACUCCCACCGUGCUCUGGACGAUGACAUCCGAAACCAGAUGGCCCUGGACUGGGUGAACCGGGAGCAGAACAUUCCAGGAGCCCUUUCCCGGGAGCUGGCGGCCACCGAGCGCGAGCUGGACGAGGCCCGGCUGGCCGGGAAGGAGCUGAGGUUCCACAAGGAGAAGAAGGACAUCCUGCUGCUGGCAGCUGGCCAGCUGGGCUCAGCACACUCCUCUGGCUGCUGAACCCCAAAAAUCCCACCCCUGGUGAUCCCAAAACCCUUCCCCAAAUCCCAGCCCAUUUGCACAUUUAGAAGAAAUUUAGGGAAAAAGCUCCUGAAUGGAUUCUAGCAGUUUCAUCCUGGUUUUUAGAGCUGCUCCUCAUUCCCUCAUUCCUCCCUUGAGAACUCCUUAUUCCCUAGGGAACUUUUUAUUCCCUCAUAAUCCCUACAGAUUUUUUCCUCUCCCUUAUUUUCGGGGUUCAAAUCCCAGGUUUUGUCCUCUCCUCACUCCCUCAUUGCUGGAGCAGUCGGGAUUCUAUGGAAUCCAGUGUUUCCUCUGGAAAAACCCAUUGGAUCCCCUCCCUCCUGUAGCAGAAAGGGAUCAAUUAGAGCUUCUUGAUGAGCUCCUUAAUUAAAUGAGUGGAUGCCAACAUGUGCAAUAUCCAGAUUUAAUUUUGGAGUUAAAUCUGGGAUCGACCUGCAGCAUUCCAGUCCCAAGCACAGCAGGAUUUGCAGUUCCCCCCUGGAAUUGCCCUGUCUGGAGCCAAAUACUAGCAUUGGAAGAUGGGAAAAAUCUUGGAGAGUUUGUGGAUGAGGGAGGGAUUUGCACUAAUCAUUCCUUAUCCCUUGUAUCCAUGUGGAAUUUAGACUAUAUUUAGCUUUAAAACCCCUUUUAUGGCAUGGAAUUGUUCAAACAGCUCCGAGUUCACUCAAGAAAAUGUCAAUUUAUCCAUGGAAAUUUCCAUCUUACUCCCCUUUUUCCCAGUAGACUGGGAAUACAAACUGAAUUACAAGCCAGAAUUCCUUUUUCACCCUAGCUGAGAGCUUUUCCCUCUUCUUAUCUCUUUAAACCCUGCAGAUUCUACUAUUCCCACCCUCCUUCUUCCCUCUGCCUGACCACAGGAUAUUCCAGCAAUAAUCAUUGUUUUAGGAUAAAAGUGGAAUAAUUCCAUUAUUUGUAGGUACCCCAUUUUUAUAUCCACAUCCUAACAAGCUUAUUUUGGGGGUUUAUAUAUUUUUUAUACUUUCUACAAACACUAUUAACGUUUGAUGUCGCUGGAAAUUGGAUUUUAAAGGGAUGGGGGUGGGGGUUGUGGGGUGUAAUUUUCCUGAAAGAUUGGAAAAAAAUUGAUUUAGGAAUAACGGGUUUUAAUCCUGCAAAGGAUUUUAAACCUAAGGGAAUCCCUGAAGCUCCUCCCAGUUCUUUAUGCUCCAAAUCAACAAGUCUGGGAGGACUUUAGGAGUUCCAUCACUGUGGAAGGAAAAAAAAAUAAAAACAAAAGGGAAAAAACCAGACAUUCUAUUGCUUGUGGGAUCGAGGAGACAGUUUGAAGGCUCCAGAUCUCUGUGGAAGGCGUAAAAUUAACAAAAUUCAAAUUUUCUCAGUACAGAGAAAGUCGUGCUCCUUGUUGAGGCAGUGGAAUUACGGGAUAAACACUGCUGUGGAUUUUAUACAAUAAACCCAGCGAUUUUUUAUUAA